GCAGCUCUCCGCUCUGACUGGAUGAAGGUUGGAGUCUCUCUGACCAACAGGCGGAAAAAGACGACGAGAAGAAACCAGCAGCGAACACAGAGUCUCCUCCGCUCCUCUGCAGACAUGAAAGCUUCCAUAGAAACCAUAAUUCUGCUGUUUUUAUUCUCUAACGCCUGCGGUUCCAACAUCUGCACGUCUCGAGGCGUCACCACUUGUCAGCAGUGUCUGGCUGUAGAUCCCAGCUGUGCCUGGUGCUCUCAGGAGGAAUACGGACGGGGAGGAUCCGGCGCCUCUCGCUGCGACCUGAAACAGAACCUGCUGAAUGAAGGAUGCAGUCAAGAUGCCGUGGAGUUUCCCAUCAGCACUCUGACCAUCCAGAAUGACGAUCCUCUCAGCAGCAAGGCGUCUGGUGCAGGAGACGUCGUCACUCAGGUCCGGCCUCAGAAACUCCACAUGACGCUGAGACCAGGUGAUGCCAAGCGUUUCACUGUGUCAGUGAAGCAGGUGGAGGAUUACCCUGUAGACCUUUACUAUCUCAUGGAUCUCUCGUAUUCGAUGAGGGACGACUUGGUUCGCCUGCGGACGUUAGGCAAUGAGCUCGCUGUCACCAUGGGCCGAACCACGAGCAACCUGCGCAUGGGGUUUGGAGCAUUUGUGGACAAAACUGUGUCCCCUUACAUGUACAUGCAUCCUCCAGAGGCCGUCACAAACCCGUGCUGGGGCAUCGGUCAACAAUGCCAGGCACAGUUCGGGUUCAAACACGUGUUGUCACUGACGGAGAAGGUGAAUCGAUUCACCGAGGAGGUGGAGAAGCAGCGGGUGUCCAGGAACAGGGACGCUCCGGAGGGGGGAUUUGAUGCCAUCAUGCAGGCCGUGGUGUGCAAGGAUAAGAUUGGCUGGCGUCCGGACGCUUCACACCUUCUGGUUUUUACCACCGAUGCCAAAACUCACAUCGCUCUGGAUGGACGCAUCGCUGGCAUCGUCCAACCCAACGAUGGAAAAUGUCAUCUGGACAAUGACAACAAUUACAAUGAAACUACAGUGCUGGACUAUCCAUCCUUGGGGCUCAUGACGGAGAAAAUGUCCGAAAACAACAUAAAUUUGAUUUUUGCUGUGACCAGCUUUGUGGUGCCGCUUUACAAGGAGUACAGUAAGCUAAUUCCAGGCACAACUGUGGGAACGCUGUCCGAUGACUCCGGGAAUGUUAUCGAGCUAAUCGAGCAGGCCUAUGCGAAAAUUCGCUCUAAAGUACAGCUGGAGCUACUUGGAGUCCCAGAAGAGCUGAACCUCGCCUUCAACGCCACUUGCCUGAAUGGAGAAAUCAUCCCUGGAAUAAAAUCAUGUUCUGGCCUCAAGAUCGGAGACACAGUGUCCUUCAGUGUGGAGGCCCAGUUGCGCGGCUGCCCUAAAGAGAAAAGUCGCAGCUUCACCAUCAAACCUCUCGGCUUCAAGGAUUCCCUGGAGGUCACGGUGGACUUUGCGUGUAGCUGCGCCUGCGAGGCGAUGGCUGAAGAGAACAGUCCGCUCUGCAACAACGGCAACGGCACCUACGAGUGCGGCGUUUGUCAGUGUCACGAAGGUCAUCUGGGCCCUCGAUGCGAGUGCUCCGUGGAGGACUACAGUCCGUCAGAUGAAAGCAACUGCAGGCCCAAACCGGACAGCCCAGUCUGCAGCGGUAGAGGCGACUGCUUGUGUGGACAGUGUUCCUGCCACUCCAAUGAGUUCGGUCAGGUCUGGGGAAAGUUCUGCGAAUGCGACGACUUCAACUGCCUUCGCUUCAAAGGGGCUCUGUGCUCCGAUCAUGGAAAGUGUAACUGCGGCUUCUGCCAGUGUGACGCCGGCUGGAAAGGAGAAAACUGUAACUGCACCACCCGAACCGACACCUGCAUGUCCCACAUCGGUCUGCUGUGCAGCGGCCGAGGCAGCUGUGAAUGUGGCGUUUGUCAGUGCACUCAGCCCGGAGCCUACGGAGCUACCUGCGAGAAAUGUCCCACCUGUCCCGACUCCUGCACCAUCAAGAAGGAGUGUGUUGAGUGUCAGCACUUUAAGAGAGGACAAUACAGCGACGACAACAGCUGCAACAGAAUCUGCAGAGACGAAAUUCAACUCACAGAGGAGCUGGUUUUCCAUGACACAAACGCAGUGAACUGCUCGUACAAAGACGAGAACGACUGCAUCGUGCACUUCCAGUAUUUCGAGGACGACAGCGGCAAAUCCAUCCUGUUUGUGAUGAAAGAACCAGAAUGCCCCGAGGGCCCGGAUAUCCUGGUGGUACUGCUGGCGGUGGCCGGAGCCAUUCUGCUGCUGGGCCUCAUCGGCCUGCUCAUCUGGAAGCUGCUGAUCACCAUCCAUGACCGCAGGGAGUUCGCCAAGUUCGAGGAGGAGCGAGCCAAAGCCAAAUGGGACACGGGCAACAAUCCUCUGUACAAAGGAGCCACGUCCACCUUCACCAACGUCGCGUAUCGAGGAAACUAGGGGUGAAACAGAACCAGGAGAAACUCAGGGCUCGACGACAGAGACGGAAUGUAGCAGAAAUAGAGAUGCUGUACAGUCAGGUGACCAGAUACUGUGGCUGAAAACUAGUUAGUGCUGUCAAUAAUGUCACGUAGUGAUUGUAUAUGCUGUAAAAUACUGUUAAUAGAAGUCACAGGGAGUUUAUCUGCCCUGUUUCUACACUGUAUGGCGUCCUCUGUAAGUACCGUACACUGAAAACAUCUUAAAACAGUCAAAUCAACUCACCUUUUCAGGUUGACUUGAUGUAAAUACAUGAGUUUUGCUCAUUUCUGGAACUGAAAAUGUCUUGUUUUUAUUUUUUGAGACCACUUUUGAACCAAAAAAGAUCAUUUAAGUUUGACUUAAAAUAAUGAGUUGAAUGAACAGUUGAAAAUUUACUCAAUGCAUUAAGUUAAGUUGAUUUAAAACAAAACUAGCAGAUAAACAGACUUUCCAUGAUGCAUUGUUAGACAGUUAAAACUUCCUCUUUUAUUGCAGUUUGAUGUGUUGGAAACAUGCUGUGUAUCUUGGUUAAGUUAAGUUAUAUUUGUUUCUUUUCAGAAUAAUCCAAAAACUUUAGCACCGAAUUUUUAAAAUUGUCAAAAAAAAAGCAACUUUCUAACCAGUGUCUCUGUGACUAGUUGGUUCAACUUAAUAUUUUAAAUUUAUUUAACUUGUUUUAGCAAGUUCAGUCAAUUUGAUUUGGUCAAUAUUUCUAUUUCUAUUUAGACUAAUUAAUCAACUGAAGUGCAUUUCAUUUACAUUUUUAACGCAGCAAGGGAGGAACAUGAAUGAUUUACAACGUGCAUUUAGAGAGUAAUUCUAUAAUGGAAACAGUCAUACUGCUGGUUUACUGUUAGAGGAACUGCGGUUAAGAGUCUUUUGCUUCAGUGGUAUUUUAGAGGACGCUUUUCAACCUCAGCAAUUUCGUGUGAAAGAUUUUUUGUUUUUGUUGUAGAUUAGUGUAAAAAAUUUAGACGGUUUUGACUUCUUUUUUCGAUAAUUCCCAAAAUGUUAACCUAAAAUGAGGCGGUACUGCAGAUUUUUCAUGAAUUAUCAACACACUCUUAAAGGGCUUUAAUGCACGUGACCACUUUCCUAUUUUUUCAUGCACGGUUGCAGCAGCAGUGAUGGUUUAUACAAGAAUGCAGCACUUUGUUUAGCAGUAGACUGUAAAAUAAAUAAAUAAAUAAAAACUGCAGCCUCUGUUGGUUUACAGUGACGUGCAGGUUCUAUUUUUAGAUCAACUCCAUAGAUAUUACGACAUGCUGAAUUUUUUAUUCUUGUUUAAAAACUUGUUGGGAUUUUUUCUUGUUCAUGUUUUGUGAAUUCAAAGUACUGAUCUGUCCAGCUACUGUUUUAUUCACUCACUGUUUUGUUCUAUAUCUUUGUAUUGGAGUAGACUUUAUUGCACAGCUCUGCAAAUGACCUGAAUAACUUAAAGACGCUUCUCUGAAUGUGUUGCUUUGUGGUUGUACGGUUGUGAUCCUCUCUCAGGAUGUGGCCUGCCAAGUGAGUGCAUAGUUUCUUUGACACCUUUUGAUGAUGACGCUGGUAGACAAGUCGGAUAAAGAAUCAUUAUUUCACCACAUUUCUGACAUUAAAUAGAAACAGCAGAACUCUUUCCGUCUUUACCCUGUGAGACGUUCAAACGGCACAUUUAAGUGUGGAAAUUUAAGUGUCAGAGAAGCUUCUGGCCUCUAAUUUCCAAACAUAAAUGCUGAAAAUCAAAAGAGAGAUAAGUCAGUAUGCUGAUAAUCUUUUGGUGUUGCACAUUUUCAAGCAAGCAGGUCAAGAAUUAGUUCUGUUGUGACGUGUGUGCUCUGUGUUUGCGAAAAAACUAAUAAAAUUAAGUGUGCAGAUGUGAGAA